CUGAGUUCUCUGGGAAGCACAUGAGAUUUCAUUUGACUGGUUUAUACCUAUAAUAAGUUCCCCAAACCUGAGAUCUUCCAGCUCUGACCCUGCAAGUCUCUCGACACACCGCUACUGGCAUCACAGUUUAUUGAAAAAGGGAUUCAAAAAAGUUUCAGAGGACCAGAGAAAGAAUGCUCCGAGGCCGAUCUCUAUCUGUGACAUCCCUGAGCGGGCUUCCUCGGUGGGAAGUGGAAGAACUUCCUGUGGAGGAUUUACUGCUGUUUGAAGUCGCUUGGGAAGUAACCAAUAAAGUUGGUGGCAUCUAUACUGUGAUUCAGACGAAGGCCAAAACCACAGCAGAUGAAUGGGGAGACAAUUAUUUUCUGAUUGGCCCCUAUUUUGAGCAUAAUAUGAAGACUCAGGUGGAACGGUGUGAACCUAUAAAUGAUCCUAUCAGAAGAGCAGUGGAUACAAUGAAUAAACAUGGCUGCCAGGUGUACUUUGGAAGGUGGCUGAUAGAAGGGAGUCCUUACGUGGUGCUAUUUGACAUAGGCUCUUCGGCUUGGAACCUGGACAGGUGGAAGGGAGAUCUCUGGGAAGCAUGCAGUGUCGGCAUCCCUUAUCAUGACCGAGAAGCCAACGAUAUGCUAAUAUUCGGAUCUUUAACCGCCUGGUUCUUAAAAGAGGUGACGGAUCAUGCAGAUGGGAAACAUGUCAUUGCCCAAUUCCACGAAUGGCAGGCAGGAACUGGACUGAUCCUUUCUCGAGCUCGGAAGCUUCCUAUCGCUACAAUAUUUACCACUCAUGCCACACUGCUUGGCAGGUAUCUCUGUGCAGCAAACAUUGAUUUCUACAACCAUCUCGAUAAGUUUGACAUAGACAAAGAGGCUGGGGAAAGGCAGAUUUACCACCGGUAUUGCAUGGAGCGAGCCUCUGUCCAUUGUGCUCAUGUGUUCACCACAGUAUCUGAAAUAACAGCAAUAGAGGCAGAACAUAUGCUGAAGAGAAAGCCUGAUGUAGUUACUCCAAAUGGCUUGAGUGUUAAGAAAUUUUCAGCAGUACAUGAGUUUCAAAAUCUACAUGCCACGUACAAGGCCAGGAUCCAAGAUUUUGUUCGAGGUCAUUUCUAUGGUCAUCUGGACUUUGACCUUGAAAAGACUUUGUUCCUUUUCAUUGCUGGGAGAUACGAGUUUUCAAACAAAGGAGCUGACAUCUUCCUAGAAGCCUUAUCCAGGUUAAAUUUCCUGCUGAGGAUGCAUAAAAGUGACGUCACAGUGGUGGUGUUUUUCAUUAUGCCUGCCAAGACAAACAAUUUCAAUGUGGAAACCCUGAAAGGCCAGGCAGUGCGGAAACAACUAUGGGACAUUGCACAUUCCGUGAAGGAAAAAUUUGGAAAGAAACUCUAUGAUGCAUUAUUAAGAGGAGAAAUUCCUGACAUGAACAAUAUUUUGGAUCGAGAUGAUGUAACAGUUAUGAAAAGAGCCAUCUUUUCAACUCAGCGACAGUCUUUGCCUCCAGUGACCACUCACAACAUGAUUGAUGACUCCACUGAUCCCAUCCUCAGCACCAUUAGACGGAUCGGACUUUUCAACAACCGCACAGACAGAGUCAAGGUGAUUUUGCACCCAGAGUUCCUAUCCUCCACCAGCCCCUUAUUACCCAUGGAUUAUGAAGAGUUUGUUCGAGGUUGUCAUCUAGGAGUUUUUCCUUCAUACUAUGAACCAUGGGGUUAUACUCCAGCUGAAUGUACGGUGAUGGGUAUCCCCAGUGUGACAACAAACCUGUCCGGCUUUGGCUGUUUCAUGCAGGAGCACGUGGCUGAUCCUACUGCCUACGGCAUUUACAUUGUUGACAGGCGGUUCCAGUCUCCAGAUGAUUCCUGCAAUCAGCUGACUCAGUUUCUCUAUGGAUUUUGCAAACAGUCCCGCCGCCAGAGAAUUAUUCAGAGAAACCGAACUGAGAGGCUCUCCGAUCUUCUGGAUUGGAGAUACUUGGGCAGAUAUUAUCAACAUGCCAGGUACCUGACAUUAAGCAGAGCUUUUCCAGAUAAAUUCCAUAUGGAACCUACAUCACCACCAACGACAGAAGGAUUUAAAUAUCCCAGGCCUUCCUCAGUUCCACCUUCCCCUUCAGGGUCUCAGGUCUCUAGUCCUCAGAGCAGUGAUGUGGAAGAUGAAGAGGAGGAGCGCUACAAUGAGGAAGAGGAGGCUGAAAGGGAUCGGUUAAAUAUCAAGUCGCCAUGGUCUCUGGGCCGUGUUCCUCGUGGGAAGAAAAAGCUGCAUGGUGAAUACAAGAACUGAAUUCCACGCUUGUAGAACAGAACUAAUGUAGUAAGAACAUAGUAAGAAUGAUUACUUAAAGACAUGAAAAUGCUACAGAUUUCUUUUUCUUCUUCCAUUACAACAGGAUUUAUUCUCUGCCUCCAAAGGGGAGAAAAUUAAGUGAAUGGCAAUUUUGUAAUUUCUAAUAAAGUCCAAGUUAUUUUCCCCUACUCCUUUUUCCCCAGUAAAUUUAGGCACGAGGAAGAGUGUUCAUUAAAGGAGGAAGACUAGAUGUGGGGUGUUGUUGUUGUUGUUGUUUUAAGUAGGCUACAAAUGUGGGACUUGAAUUCACAACCUUGAUAUCAGGACCUGAGCUGAGAUCAAGAGCCAGAUGCUUAACCGACUGAGUCACCCAGAUGCUCUUAGAAAUGUUUUUAAAAUGGUUAAUGUCAGCAAUAAGAAUUUUCAUUUGCUAGUGUUUAUUUUUAAGUGAUCAUCACCAUAAUCCUUUGCUUAGUAGUAUUUAUACAGCUUCCAUAACUACCAAACAAGCCUCCCAGUUUCCCCACAAAGGAUCCUGAUCUCAGCCCUGAAUGUCCACUGCAAACAUAUUUUAAUUAACUCAGUCUUUAGUGAUUAUUUCCAUGUUUCACAUGAGUCAGAACCAUGAAUUUCUAUCUAGCUUUGUAGAUAAUCAAAAUCCAUAAGAAAACAAGCUACCUUAAAUCCAGAUCCUGAUACCUAUUCGUGCAUAUUUACAAGGUCAUGUCUCAACUUAAUGAUGGGAAGAUGUUACCAUCUGUACUAUGCCAUCUGACUGAACCAAUUUUUCUGUUCUUUAAAAGGAAAGGUUUUUCAAAAACUUGGUCAAUCAAUCAGUCUUCUAUAAAUGAUGAAUUGUUAAAUCCAAAUGAAUUAAUAUGUCAAUAUCAACAUAUCAAUUAAGCCUUCAUUGAUGUCUUGUAAAUAAGACAUUUAAUAAGAUAACUUGUAGAAAGCACCUACUAUGAAAUAGUGCCUUGUAAAGGAUAACAUUUAAAACUGUCUUUUAAAAAAUUAGCAAAAAGAAAAUAUAGAGUCUACUUAAUUAUAAUAAGAACAAUGUUUCUAAACACAUCCAUGAUGUGCUUAGGGACAUUGUUGAGUGAUUGUAAACAUAUCUUUGUUUUAAAUGUAAUUAAACCUAAGAGCUCCUGGGUGGCUGUCCAUUGAGUGUCCAACUCAUGGUUUUGGCUCAUGUCAUGAUCUCACGGUUUGUGGGAUCGAGGCCUAUGUUGGGCUCUGCGCUGAGCACAGAGCUUGUUUACCAUUCUCUUUCUCUAUCUUUGCCCUUCUCCCACUCUGUCUCUCUCAAUAUAAAUUUAAAAACUUUAAAAAAAUUAUGAAAUGUAAUUACUUCUAAAUAGGCAAAAAAAAAAAAAAGAAACCACCUUCAUUCUUGGAUUGUUUUUUCCCCCACAACUUGAGUAUUGUUACAUUUAGAUCACAGUGAAAACCUUGGUUGGCAUAUCAGUUGACCUAUAUAUGCAGAGCUUUUAAAAAAGUUUUAGUCUGUUCAGUGUGGGAUUGUCGAUGGCAACAAGGGAAGAGUAACAACCACCAUGGGUCUGGGUUGAAUGGCUCAGGACUAGGGGAAAUCUGUAAUCUAGCUCUCCACUGCUUGCCCCAUUGAUGAGAACAAAGGCAAGAAAAAUGCAGUUUAUGUUGAAUCUCCUUACAGCCUGCAGCCCACUGAUAGAUGCAGGACAUGACAUGCCUCAAGGGGUUCACGGCUGCCUUAAUGCCUUAAUGUUUAUAUUUCAUUAAAGACUAAAAGCAACCUUAUCUUGACAAUAGCUAAAUCUUCAAGGUCCUGCAAGACCCUGCUUUCAGCAUACAAAAAUUUCUUGGAAACUUAUGUUACCUCUACCCCAACCCCCUCCACAAACUUAAAAUAUAUAAUCAGUCAUCCCUCAUAUUUGUAGAUACAGCUCUUUCUGCCCAUGGGUCCUGUCCCCAUGCUAUAAUAAAAUCACCUUUUUGCACCAAAACUAUCUCAGAAAUUCUUUCUUAGCUGUUCGCUCUCAAACUGAAACUUCAAAUCGCAUCACCAUUGUUAAGAAAAAGUAGAUGAAUGGUGGAUAUAUGCCAUAAAUCAGGUCACAAUGGAAGAUGAUUGCAAACUCACCUCAUUUAGGGCCCAGGAGAAAGGGAAAUAAAUUACCUAAAGCCUAAUCCUUGAAAUAUGCCCUGUGCAUGCCAAAUUAACCCAACAUCUGCAGAGCAGUUUGGGAAGGUCUGCACAGGGAGUCAGAAAAUAGGAGAUGGAUUUGUAUUAUAAUGUAGAUAUUCACUUGCUGAAGUGCCAGAAAGAUCUCAUGAUAAAAAGGGGUUUCAGUGUUACAAUAACAAUGAAAAUAUAUUCCUAGUAAGGGGGCACAAUACGUCUAUUCAAAUGAUACCUUGGUUGGCAACUGGUUAGUCUAUUGUUAUUGAAAGCAUGAGAUUUCCUCCGUAAAAUAGCUUCUUAAUAAAACAUUUUAAAAUUCAAGUGCUUUUUUUUUUCUGAAUGAAAGAAUAGUUCUCUGAUUAGAAAGGAGUACAAAUGAUAGGGCACGUGGAAAUGAACUGACUUGCAAACACCUGUUUUUUUUUAAUGUUUAUUUAUUUGAGUGAGAAGGUGUGCACACACAUGCAUAUGCACACACAUACACACACACACACACACACACACACAAGUGGAGGAGGGGAAGAGAGAGGGAGACAGAGAGAGAGAGAGAGAGAGAGAGAGAGAGUCCCAAGCAGGCUCUGUACUGUCAGCACAGAGCCUGACACGGGGCUGGAUCCAUGACCCUGGGAUCAUGACUGAACUGAAAUCAAGAAUCAGACACUUAACUGAUGGAGCCACCCAGUGCCCCAGCCAGUGCAAAGCCAGGCAUGUUUCUACCCUGGACUCGGUCCUCUAUUCAGACAGCUGCUGCCACUGGACUCCAUCCCCUUGCUCCAGUCAUUUACUGUCCUUUCCCCAAGACUGACAAAGCCAGGUGAAGAGCAACAAAUAGGGCUGUUAGUAGGUGACUCUGUUUCUAGCAUAGUGCCUUAUACACAGUUGUUGCACAAAUGAAUGGUCUUAUUGGGAGAAACACAAGUGCAAGAAAAUGGAUGUUUUUCAAGAAUGUAUGUCUUCAUAAAUUGGAGUACAGGAACCAUAGAAAAUAGUGUGUGCCUGACCAGCCAUCAAGACAUGUUUCAUGCAUUGCACCACCCUUCCUUCCACGUCAAGAGUUAGGGUGCACAGAGCUGGUUUUAUAUAUACUGAUGAGACUAGAACAUGUGACAAGUGCUCUGCUAAUAGUUUCCCACAAGGAGGACUCAGGAGAGGGACUGGUCAAGGUGCUUGGAGAGGUCCAAAGGGUGAAGAUAUACUUCUAUGAAGACAUGUGAGGGAUACAAAGAAGAGGUCAUAUUAGAAAUAAACUCUUACUAAUGGAAUUUAUAGUCCAGUAAGAGGAAACCAACAGGUGACAUCCCCACUUCCCUUUCUCCUGGCGCUGAAGCAAAAUAAUGUAACUUAUUUUGAUUACCAAUCAAGGUUGAUAGGAUACAGAUGUUUAUUUCUCAUAACCAGAUAAAGGGGAAAUGCUAGUUGGAGGCUGGUUUUAACAUGCCAGGGCCUCUGCCGUCCCUCUCCUCAUGGGAUCAUUAUGGUGCUGUUGGGGGAGAGGAGGCACCCACUGGGGAAACCCAGGGGAAAAAAGAGUAAUUGAGAGCCCAUGCUGGGGGCCAGAUGGCAAAAGAUGAGAAAGGAUACAGAAGCAAACAGGGAAGAGCAGUGGACACUGUCCUGUCCAGUGGGAGCUGUCCACCUGAAGGAAGUGGUAUUCUAGGACAUGGAUGUGACUUGCAGGCAGGUAUUUCCCAAUUUUAAAAUAUAAGCCAUACAAUGUGAACAUUUUUUGUUCAUUUCAGUUUUGAAAAAGAUAGAAAUAAAGAGAACUGAAAAAUAUCCCAAGACAGACAGAAUGUUAUAGCAGCUGGGCAGAGGGGCCUGUAUGCAACUACUAUGUUAAUCAGCACAUCUGUAUGGCAGAACAACAUUCAAGGAAUUCAGGCGCCUAUAAUAUACUUGGUAUUCUAUACAAUAUUAAUAGUAUUAUAAUAUAACACUGUAUUAUUUUAAUAGCUGUUGGUCAUUUCGAAGGUUUUUUUUAAUGUUUAUUUUUGAGAGAGAGAGAGAGAGAGAGAGAGACAGAGCACGAGUGGGGGAGGGGAAGAGAGAGAGGGAGACAGAAUCCGAAGCAGGAUCCAGGCUCUGAGCUGUCAGCACAGAGUCUGACGUGGGGCUCAAACUCACAGACCACGAUAUCAUGACCUGAGCCAAAGUCAGAUACUUAACCAACUGAGCCACCCACAUACCUCCUGAAAGCUUUUAAAAACUCUGUUUUAGUGUGAAAUACUUGAGGUUGUUCUGCUUAGUUGUGGGAAGAAUUAUUUCACAUGAUAGGGUUUUAAAAUAUUCUUGGAAUAAGCAUGAUGUUUAAAUAGCCAAUAUGUAUCAGUCUAUGUCAGAUGAGUAAAAUCUCAAUAUACUGGAUACAAGCACUAUCUAGAAAAUCCACUUUAAAGUCAAUUCAUAAUAAAUGACAGGUGUCUAUAUAAUACCACAUAGUUUUUUUAAUGCUAGCAUAUUAGUUUUUGCAAGAGAUCUGUGUUACAUUAACUUGAAUAUAGUUUCAUUAUUCAAUUAUGAAACAAGAUACAGCCAAAUCUUAUAAGCAAGGUUUUGACUUCAUAACACAGUGAAACUGUAAUCUCAAGGUACAGAUACAUUCACAUAAAGGUAUUCUUUAGCUACUGAAUAAUGGCUAUAUAUUGAUGACAAUAAGAAUUCACAAUGUUUUCCACUUAUGACAUUUAUCAAUAAUAGCUCUCAAUUAAUUAGGUCAAAAAAUUAACAUGGUGAUCACAUUCCAAUUCCAAAAAAAUAGGUUAUUAUGCUUGCUGUGGAUAUGUGUGUGUGUGUUACUGCAUGUGUGUGUUUUUUUCAGACAGUUUUGAACCUAAGUUCAAAGUUUUGAGAAGGACCAGAUUGGGCAUAUCACUCUGUACUGAUGUUAUCAGGGUGUUUUAUGUAAUGUUUUAAGGUAAAAUAAAGCCUAGAACUCUAGCUAAUUAGAGUAAGCAGACUCUUUGAAUCUGUUUAGCUGUGAAAAAUGAGUUGCCUCUGAAAAACUGGUUUGUUCCUUUUGUACAAUGUACACAGGAACAGAGUGUGUCUCCAUCUGCUUAUUUCCCAGUAAGUCCCAGAAUUCAGGGAGAUCCCCAAAUAACACAAAGGGAAGCUCUCCAUUGUGGAACCUUCUACCAGCUUCAGAGAUCAUGCCCUCUUUCAGCAACUACACUGAAGUGUUCUUAUCACAGGGCUUCUUCCCAGUCAACUCCUUCCUCUUCCCUUCUUAAUUUAUGUCUCCUAGAUGAACUAUUAAGAGAACACUCUACUCUUUCCCAUCCUGCCAUGCCUCCCCAUCCCCCCACCCAUGAAGAUGGGAAAAAGGUAGAAAAGGAGACGGAGAUCUGCUGCUGAGUGACAAGACAAUGCAAGGGGUAACAGAAUGAAAAAAAAAACCAACAACUGAGAAUCACUAGAUCAAGACAGACUCGUUUUAACAAAAAGAAAGCACACUCUAAAGAGUCGCUGGCCUUAUGCUUAAUUCUAAAGGGGACUAAGACACAAGGUGACCUAAACAGGACCAGAAGCAAUGAAAGAAGGUGAUGCUCUCAGCUAAGAACUCUACAUUACCUUUGUUGCUGGAAAGAAUGAAACUGGUUGUGCAUGUUCCUAAGAUUACAACUGAAGUAAAAAGCCUCCAAAGGCUUUAUUUACAUGCUCAUGUUUUCAACAAGAACAGAACUGUAUUUGAAUGUAAUUUGGUCUAUUUUCCCCAGGUUAGUAGUCUUCUAGGAUUCUGGUUUGAUCAAAGUUUUCUUCUCCAGCUGUGAGAAAAAAAAUACAUAAAAUAAACAUAAUUCUCCGUGUUUUAAAAGGAGAAAAGAUAAGAUAAAAAGAACUUUAAAAAACAAACAUUUAGCCUCCUAGAUUAUGUUAACUCCUGCACUUUGCUAUGGAGAAUCAAAAUAAGUGUGUUUUGAUCGAUUUGGUUUAAAAUUUUUUCCCCUCAUAUCUACACACAUAGGGGAACUCACAUGUCACAUGUCACUCUCUAGAAUGAGUGAAACUAUAAUAUGGUAUGUUUGGUAGAAAUCUGAAAAGGCCACAUAUCUUGCUCUAAGUGUGCCACAUGUCUAAAAUAUCCACCAUUAGGGAUGCCUGGGUGGCUCAGUUGGUUAAGUAUACAAUUUCAGCUCAGGUCAUGAUCUCGGGGUCCAUGAGUUUGAGCCCCACGUCGGGCUCUGUGCUGGCAGCUCGGAUCCUGGAGCCUGCUUCAGAUUCUGUGUCUCCCUUUCUCUCUGGCCCUCCCCUACUUGUGCUCUCUCUCUCUCAAAAAUAAAUAAACAUUAAAAAAAUUAAAAUAAAUAAAAUAAAAUAU